GAGUGGAAAGGGGUGUCGGCUGAGUGUGAGAUAAUGUGAGCAAAAGUGACAUGAGCUAACUAUAGAACCACAAACUUCAACGGGAUCUCACAGUUUUGUCAUUUUUCCCCUCACCAUUUAUCACAUCCAACUCAAACUUCUCCUUUAAUCUUCCUACCCGCAAAACUUAAAUAUGUUCCUUGUGCGUCCAUUUGUCUUCACACUUCAUCUCUUUCCAACUAUUUCUUGAAGCCUCAAAGUGUUCUCGUUGGACUCAUCCUCCCAUUUGGCCAACACUUGCAUCUUGUUUCAAGAUUUCAUUGCUCUACUCUCAAUCCAAAGAGAGAGAGAGAGAGAGAGAGAGAGAAAAGGAAGGGAUAUGGCAGGCUGUAAUGAGGGGAAUGUUGCGUCCCAAGGUGAAGAGGUGAGACAUACUAAUCAGAUCAUGACAAAUUAUUGGGUUGAAAGGAACCUAUGGACCACUAAGAUUUUCCACCUCUAUCAUAUGGAGUUGCCAAUGAAGACCAUAAACAUUACAUCAGUAAAGGUGGAAAAUAAGUAUGGAAGCAUUGUGCCUAAAAAGCAACUGAUUUCAAAGGACCAUGAAAGAGCCUACUUUGAUUCUGCUGACUGGGUCCUUGGCAUGGCAGGAACAAGUUCAAAGACAAAAACUGCAACUGAAUCCCUGAAGCCCAAGUUAAAGCGAACACCUCAUCAUCAACUUCCACCUCGAAAGCCUACAUGCACAUCGAGUUAGGAGUACAAAGGGAUUCACAGCUAAUGAGCCAGAAGCAUGUCAAAGAAAUCCAUGUGAGAAGCCAUGGAGAUUAUGUUAAAGGUCUCUUCUACGUUUGUCAUUUGUAUCUCAAACAGUCUCUACUGUUGAUGAACAUUGUUCAUGUUGGUGGAAUCUAAAAAUGAUUGACUGAGAUUUAGCUGUACAAGCAACCUUAUUU